AUGGGCCUCCAGCGCGCCAAUGUGACAAUCAUUCACCCAGACUUGGGUAUCGGCGGCGCAGAACGGCUGAUUAUCGAUGUUGCGCUAGCCCUCCAGAACCGAGGCCACCGAGUUACGAUCUACACCUCCCACCGCGACAAAGCACACUGCUUCGACGAGGCACGCGAUGGAACGCUGGAUGUCCGCGUGCGGGGAAAUACCGUCUUUCCCGCCCACAUCUGCGGCCGACUUCACAUCCUUAUGGCUGCGUUACGCCAACUGCAUCUUACUGUGUCGCUGUUAGGCGAGCUUGGAGUGAAGGGUGAUCCGAAAGACGCAGAGGACGACCGAGACGACAUCUUCAUUGUGGACCAACUACCUGCCUGUGUACCUUUUCUGAAGUCAUUCGGCCGUCCGCGCGCAUCAAAACGCCAACGUAUUUUAUUCUACUGCCAUUUCCCUGAUCAAUUGCUCGCGCGGCGGGAUGAGGGCGGCUCGCUUCUUCGGCUGGCGAAGGUGCUUUACAGAUUCCCAUUCGAUUGGUUUGAAGGAUGGGCUAUGAGCGCCUCUGAUCGGGUCGUUGCAAACUCCAAGUUCUCUCGUGGGGUAGUACGGGAUGUGUUUGGGUCUGAUCGUCUGGGUGAUGUUGAGGUGGUAUACCCAUGUGUCGAUAUGGACAUGACGACCAAAUUGUCAGAGAAGACAAAGGAAGAUCCUUUAUGGAAUGGAAAGAAAAUAUUGCUCAGUAUCAAUCGCUUUGAGAGGAAGAAGGAUAUGGCAUUAGCGAUUCGUGCUUAUAAUGGACUUGGAGCCGAGAAGAGGAAAGGCACACGGUUGGUGAUUGCUGGUGGUUACGACAAUCGUGUUAAUGAGAAUGUUCAAUAUCACCAAGAGCUGGAUAAGCUGGCAACCGGUCUCGGGUUGAAGACGGCUACUUCCAAGACAGUCGUCUCAGCUAUUUCUAUUCCAAACGAGAUUGAUGUCCUGUUCCUGCUUUCUGUUCCUGGUGCAUUCAAAGAUACCCUACUAGAACAGUCCAAGCUCCUUCUAUACACUCCGAUCAACGAGCACUUCGGCAUUGUGCCUGUGGAAGCUAUGAAGGUUGGUCUGCCAGUACUGGCAUCUAACACUGGUGGUCCACUGGAGACGAUUGUCGAGGGUGAAACGGGCUGGCUCCGUGAUGCUCAUGCAGAUGAUGAAUGGACUGCUGUGAUGGACAAGGUUCUCUAUGGCUUGAGCCCCACAGAUGUUGAGCGCAUGGCUGCAGCAGGCAAGAUCAGAGCUGAAAACCAGUUCUCUCUGAGUGCCAUGGGUGACAGAUUAGAAGAGGAGAUUUCCAUUAUGCUUACUGGAGAGAGGCGGCCGUUUAAUGGGUGGCAGCAGGUCUUUGCCAUCCUGGCUCUGGUGGGCGCUCUCCUUGCAGUAUUUGUUGCAAUUGUUUUUCAGGCGAUAUAA